AUGUCCCGAACACCGCGAUCCUCACUUGCUGGUGGACUGCAACAGAUAUCUCCUUCCAAGCUGGUGGCACAGUCAAUUCCACCUACAGAAGGACCUUCACGUUCGGCGUCGCAACCAUUCGAUUGGGAGGCUGUCCGCCUUAGAAAGCCGCCUCCUUAUGGUGGUCCACUGGAUGGUGCUAGAGCCAGAGCGGCCCGGAAAAGUGAAGCAGGUCUGAAAAAUGCGCAGAAACGUGUCGUUAAACGACCCGGUCUGUUCAAAAGAAUUUCAUCCUUGCCCAGCAGGAUUGUAGACGAGAUCUCAAUGUUCCCUCAUAAUGUCCCCCUACCAGACCCAAAGCCAAGCGCGUGGAUAAUUGGUGGCUCAUUACACGUAAUUAACCUCUUGGUUCGUGUUUCACAAAGCCGACAAGUCGCCGAGGAAGAAUUACCGUGGGCCGAUCUGUACAACGAGCACAGAGGUACAAGCUGGUUUGACUGGACAACGCCUGUAACCUUCCUCCUUAUUGCCGCCUCCUUUUACAAUGCCUUCCGCCUUCUCUCUCAGAACCGCGUCUACUUCCUCCACCAUAGGACUACACUUGUCAACUCACCUCGUGCGGCAUUCGUCGACGCGCAAAUAGACCUUACCCCACCUGAGACACCUUCGCUUUUGUAUCGUGUAUUCUCUUGGCUUUGGUAUCAGUUCUCCGUUUCCUGGCGUUUCUUACUCAACUUUAAGCCACCGGCUCCGCGCGUCGCCGAGGGCGCACGUGUAGAACGCGUGCAACAGCUGAGCGUAUGGGAGCCCGGUGAACUGGAAAUGAGUCUCUUCGCGGUGUACUCCCCUGCUCACGCGUUCUUGUGGGUGGCGACAACCGGUUCGAACUGGAUUGUGAUGUUCACGAUUAUGGGUAUUAUCGGUCUCCAAAUUCAUCUUCUUUGCAGUAGCUACGCAGGGUUGAUGAAAGACAAGCAGAUCCUCUCCGCGGAAGUAAUGAAUGAAUAUAACGAAAAGUUCGUCAAUCCACGCGUCAAUCCUGUUCGCUUCGACAAAGCGGUCAUGACACAUCAAGCCGAAGUUAUCGACUACUGGAACGACUACGAAUCAGACCGCUAUUAG